AUGUUUGGAUUUGUUAUUGGUCUUCUGCCUCAGGAAGGAACUAAAUGGGUACUCCUUAGAGAUCCAUUGGAUGAAAAUGUUAUCCCUGUUGUUGAGGAACUUCAAAGGCGAUUACCCCCUUCCCAUGCUAUCUGUAAAGGUGAAGGAGAUGGAAAAGACUUAAAUGGGCAAAAUGAUGUUGAGCUGGGUGAAGAAGAUGAGUCUCCAUUUGAAUUUCGAGCACUAGAGGUAGCUUUGGAAGCUAUUUGUAGUUUUCUAGCUGCUCGGACAACAGAGCUAGAAACUGCUGCUUAUCCUGCUCUGGAUGAGCUUACCUCUAAGAUUAGUAGCCGCAACUUGGACAGGGUUCGUAAAUUGAAGAGUGCAAUGACAAGAUUGACCGCUCGGGUUCAAAAGGUUAGGGAUGAACUCGAGCAAUUACUGGAUGAUGAUGAUGAUAUGGCUGACCUUUACUUGUCAAGGAAGUUAGCUGGUGCGUCAUCACCUGUUAGUGCCUCUGGUGGAGCCAAUUGGUAUGCUGCCUCCCCUACGAUAGGCUCCAAGAUUUCCAGAGCUAGUAGAGCAAGUGUAGCGACAGUUCGUGGAGAUGAGAAUGAUGUUGAGGAGCUUGAAAUGUUACUAGAGGCUUACUUCAUGCAAAUUGAUGGCACUUUGAACAAAUUGACAACGGUAAUUUUUUUCCCUUAAUCUUCCCUUUUUUUUUGUUUUAGCAAAUUCAAUAGACAUCUAUUUGUCAGUAUGUGUCACA